AUAAGUGGGAACCUGUCUUCGGCUCGUGUCAGGCUUGUUAGCUUGUGGUUGUGUUGGUCCAUCAGUUCGGGCCACUCGUCAUCAAACACCUCCCAGUGAGCGAACGAACCUAAGUCAUCAACCACGUAGUCAAGUUCACACCCCAAGACGCAAGCCUGCUCAGUCUCGAUUGUGGAUCAAAGACCUUUCUGAACGAACAUAUUCGCUAAGCUAUCCCGUAAUAAUUCCUAUCAUUCACCGUACUCGAAACGCUGAAACGAUUAAGCAUCGGAACGUCAACUCCUACCACCCUGCUCUGAAGCUUCGAGUUCAGUCAUAGAGGCUUCCUGUUAUUCCCAGGCACACACCCCGCGCCUUGCCAGCAGACAUUCGAGGAACGAGCUUUCGCUGCCGUGCGCCAUCGUCGCCUGCCCUUCGUCGGCAUGGACGUUGCACAAGCGGUAGGCACUUAUGUGUCCCGCAUCAUCUCAUCUGGCGAAGGCUCUCACGCUAGCCAAUCUGCUAAAAUGAAAGUCCUUCUACUAGACAGGGAAACAGUGCCCAUUGUGUCAACAGCCGUUACUCAAUCGACGUUACUGAAUCACGAGGUCUAUCUCAUCGAUCGUCUGGACAACACCAGCAGGGAGAAAAUGCGUCACCUGAGGUGCCUCUGCCUCGUCAGACCGUCACCCGAAUCUAUCCAGCUCCUGAUCGAUGAAUUACGCGAACCGAAAUAUGGAGAGUAUCUCCUCUACUUCACGAAUGUCGUCAAAAAAUCGUCUCUCGAACGACUGGCCGAGGCCGAUGAUCAUGAAGUGGUACGGCUUGUCCAGGAGCACUUCGCCGACUUUAUCGUCAUCAACCCUGACCUGUUCUCUCUUGGCAUUGCUCUUCCACAACAGCGAACCUGGUCAGCCGCUGCAGAUGCCUGGAACCCUGAGGCUCUCCAGAAGAGCGCCGCGGGUCUCAUCGCCGUCUUGCUGGCACUCAAAAAGAAACCGUUGAUUCGAUACGCGAAAAACAGCCUCGCGGCGAGGAAGCUGGCAACUGAAGUGAGAUACCACAUGACACAGGAAGAGCAAUUGUUUGACUUCCGCAAAGUCGAUACACCACCUGUGUUACUUGUGCUUGAUCGACGGGAGGACCCGAUAACUCCCCUGCUGACCCAAUGGACAUAUCAAGCAAUGGUUCACCAUCUGCUCGGCAUCAACAAUGGCCGUGUCGACCUGAAUGACGUGCCUGACAUCCGGCCAGAAUUGAAGGAGAUCGUUCUGUCACAGGACCAAGAUCCCUUCUUUAAGAAGAAUAUGUACAUGAACUUCGGCGACCUUGGUGGGAACAUCAAGGAUUACGUUGGACAGUACCAGUCCAAGACACAGAACAACGCCAACAUCGAGUCUAUAUCCGAUAUGAAGCGGUUCAUCGAGGAAUAUCCGGAAUUUCGCAAGCUCUCUGGAAACGUGAGCAAACACGUCACACUCGUCUCUGAGCUGAGCCGUCGCGUCGGCGCAGAAAAUCUGCUCGAAGUCAGCGAAUUGGAACAGAGCCUGGCGUGCAGUGAUAACCAUGCAACCGACCUCAAGACCGUUCAGAAUCUGAUCCAAUCGCCCAAUGUGAAUGCCCAGAACAAGGUUUCACUGGUCGCUCUCUACGCUCUGAGAUACGACAAGAACCCAUCGAAUGCACUUCCAAUGUUGAUCGACCUUCUGGUUGCUGCAGGCGAUGUGUCCCCACGUCAUGCCGACAGGGUGAGGAAAGUAUUAGCAUACCACUCGUCACUUCAGCAGUCGCACGCCCAGACUGGUAUCACAGAUCUUUUUGAGUCAGCAGGCAUCUUCUCAGGUGCAAGGGAUAGACUCAAGGGGCUGAAAGGCGUUGAAAACGUCUACACCCAGCACACGCCCCUCCUGGAAAAUACUUUACAAAAUCUGAUCAAGGGUAAACUGAAAGACCAGCAAUAUCCAUUCGUAGAGGGCGGGGGUACAACACGGGACAAACCCCAAGACAUCAUCGUGUUCAUGAUUGGAGGUGCAACGUACGAAGAGGCUAAGAUGAUCGCUACAAUUAAUGCAUCAUCUCCUGGCGUCAGGGUCGUCUUGGGAGGCACCACGAUCCACAAUACUGCCACUUUCUUGGAGGAAGUUGAAGAUGCUGUCUCACUGUGGCCGGCAGCGACGAAGAAUGGCCCUCUACGUUAAAGAUAACAUUGAAGGAUCUUUUCCAUGCUGCCCUUUGGUUGCUCACUUUUCCUCCGUCGAUCUUUAGUCAAUGUUAUAUUCUAGGGUUUAUAAUGGGAAAGCUUUGUUGCAA